GGAUAGGCUGGGCGCGGCCGGCGGUGCUGCCGGGUGCGCGCCGGCUGCUGCUGUCCAGGCCUCUGCGGUCCCCGAGGGCCCUCGGUCCCGCCGGCGCCAUGGGCAAUUGCCACACCGUGGGGCCCAACGAGGCGCUGGUGGUUUCAGGGGGCUGUUGUGGUUCCGACUAUAAACAGUACGUGUUUGGUGGCUGGGCCUGGGCCUGGUGGUGUAUCUCCGACACUCAGAGACUGUCUCUGGAGGUUAUGACCAUCCUGUGUCGCUGUGAGAAUAUUGAGACGUCGGAGGGGGUCCCGCUAUUCGUAACAGGGGUUGCACAGGUGAAGAUCAUGACAGAGAAGGAGCUCCUGGCCGUGGCCUGUGAGCAGUUCCUAGGCAAGAACGUUCAGGACAUCAAAAACGUCGUGCUGCAGACCCUGGAGGGGCACCUGCGCUCCAUCCUCGGGACCCUGACAGUGGAGCAGAUUUAUCAGGACCGGGACCAGUUUGCCAAGCUGGUGCGGGAGGUGGCGGCCCCUGACGUCGGGCGCAUGGGCAUUGAGAUCCUGAGCUUCACCAUCAAGGACGUGUAUGACAAAGUGGACUAUCUGAGCUCCCUGGGCAAGACACAGACUGCCGUGGUACAGAGAGAUGCCGACAUCGGAGUAGCCGAGGCUGAGCGAGAUGCAGGCAUCCGGGAAGCCGAGUGCAAGAAGGAGAUGCUGGACGUGAAGUUUAUGGCAGACACCAAGAUAGCCGACUCUAAGCGAGCCUUCGAGCUGCAAAAGUCAGCCUUCAGUGAGGAGGUCAACAUCAAGACAGCCGAGGCCCAGCUGGCCUAUGAGCUACAAGGAGCCCGUGAGCAGCAGAAGAUCCGGCAGGAAGAAAUUGAGAUUGAAGUUGUGCAGCGUAAGAAGCAGAUUGCAGUGGAGGCACAGGAGAUCCUGCGUGUAGACAAGGAGCUCAUUGCCACAGUGCGCCGCCCUGCUGAGGCUGAGGCGCACCGCAUACAGCAGAUCGCGGAGGGCGAAAAGGUGAAGCAGGUCCUCUUGGCACAGGCAGAGGCUGAGAAGAUCCGCAAAAUCGGAGAGGCAGAGGCAGCAGUCAUCGAGGCAAUGGGCAAGGCAGAGGCCGAGCGGAUGAAACUCAAGGCUGAGGCCUACCAGAAAUAUGGGGAUGCUGCCAAGAUGGCCUUGGUGCUGGAGACCCUGCCCCAGAUUGCUGCCAAAAUUGCUGCCCCACUCACCAAAGUUGAUGAGAUUGUGGUCCUCAGCGGGGACAACAGCAAGGUGACAUCAGAAGUGAACCGACUGCUGGCCGAGCUGCCUGCCUCUGUGCAUGCCCUCACAGGAGUGGACCUAUCUAAGAUACCCUUGAUCAAGAAGGCCACCGGUGCACAGGUGUGAGGCUCCUGAAGGCCCGCACCCUUCAGCAGCCACCUGCCUCUCCCUUCAGCACUCGUUUUAAUACCACAGAGACAACGGGAGCGUCACUGACUCUGAUGCCUUAUUUUGUAGGGACCAGAAGUGCUGCGUGUGCAGGCCUUCUCUGGCUGUCUUCCUUUCUCUCCUGUCUCUGCCUCCUUCCUCUUCUCCUCUGCCUGACACCCUCACUUUCACUGCCACGUUCGUCUGGUUUAUCUCUUCCACCCUCAUCUCCCUGUAUGUCUCUUCCUUUGUCUUUUUCUCUCCCUCUCUCCUCCCGCCCUCUACACACAUCAUGUAGUUUAAGCUAAAGAUGUUUAUUAUAAUCACUGUCUGUCUUGGGAGGUGGCCCUGCUGCUUCUCCAAAUCCUGGUGCCUUCAAGUUCUCUGUGCAUCUGUCCAUCUUCCCUGUGGCCCUGGCCAGAGCUCAGCAUGGGUGCAGGGGAUCUGGGUAGGACAGCCAGCCUCCUCUGUCCUGGCCUGGUCUUCCCAACCAUUAAUCCUGCCCCAGGAAGCCCCUAGCCUCACCCACUCCGGCCCCUCUAGGCCUAGGUAGCCAUGGCCUGCAGGCCCAGGGCCAUUGCCCUUCACUUCACCCCUCUCCGGCCCCAGGCCUGCUCUCAUACCUUACCUCUCUCUCCCCUACCCCAGGGGCACAGAGGCAAGGCCUCCUGUCUAUAGCAGCUCCCUCAGUUUACUACUGCCUUAGGAGGCCCCUGGUUGUGCUCAGGGAAGUCCCCUUCAUGGACAUGUCCCUACUGGGUAGAGUGGGGCUUGGUCCCAGCUCUGCUAAGCCUUUCUGGGAUCAGGGUCUAAUUCUGACUAGAAAGUGUGUAGACCCUCUUCCUGCAAGGGCUGUGCUGUCCUGGGUAUUGGGCCAGGCCCUUCUGUGCCAACCCUGUACAGAACCGAGUGCUGUUGGCUGGCCAGACUCCAUACCCCUUGUGCCAUCUUUCCUGGCCAGAGUGAUAGGGUUCCAGCCAUGAGGAAGCAGCCCAGUCCUCUGUCUCCUUGCCCUAGUGGAAGCAGAAGAGCUCAUGGCCCAAGAAUCCUGGCCAGGGUGCUGUGGGUGUUCUCUGGUCCCAGUCCCCCACCCCUAGCCCUGCCCCAGCCUGUGUAGCUGUUCCUGCAUGUGGAUGCUGCAUGUCUGGUCUGGGGCUUGGAUGCUGCACUGCCCCACUACCUGUCUCUUCUGGUAAAAUAAAGAUCUGCCCAUGC